AUGUCUCAACCUUCGCAUAUUCCUUCAGGUUUCCUGCCCAAUCCCUUCUUCAGCCUCGUUAGGCCUCCCCCUCGAGCCUCGCCGUCCCAGAGCUCUGUCGCUGACAGUCAGGGACAAGAAGAAGAAGAAGAAGAAGAAGAAGAAGAAGAAGAAGAAGAAGGAUCAACUGUUUCGUCAGGCUAUUACUACGACGAAGAGUCAGAGGGAGAAAGAUCAAACGCGCCGUUAGACUAUUACUACGAGGAAGACGAAGGCGCAGAAGAGGACCAAGAAGGAUCGGAAGCGUCCGGUCGCCCUAAUUCGCCCCCUUAUAACGACGAACAAGGCGAAGGCGAGUUUCCAUCAGAUAGUCUUCAGGGCACGUUCGGUUUCCUACAAGCUCAAUCUCUCGAACCCCAAGAAUUUAGUCACGACGUCGAUUUUUGGUUUGAUCCAGACAACCUAAGAAGCAAUCCACUAUCUUUCUGGAAACAUACCACUAUAUCCGAGGAUCGAACGACCGAAAGUGGCUGGAGCCAAAGACAACUUGCAGGCGUUCUUCCGCAGAUUGCUCGACCUCUUCGCGGCCAACAGAGGACUUCGACAGCAGAGUCAGAGCCAGAGCCACAGCCGGUACCGAAUCCGCUCCAAGACGUACAAUUCCCUGAAGCCGCGGCUUUCAGACUUGAUUUUAGUGCCCUGGACAACCCAGACAUUCUAGAGAAUUUCGAUUUCGACACCUUCUUGAACACCGACCUAGACACUGGAUUCACCUUUGACCCGAAUACAGCUUAUUCAGGUCCGAGGGAAGAGUUGCAUUCAAUGAGCUCACAUCGCCUAGGCCGACAAUGGCACAAAGAUUCUCAUCAUGAGCGUCAAGAAUCACUUCUAGAUGAGCGCCCAGCUAGUGAACUCAGGUCAGGCGCAGCUUCAGAUCUCAAUACAGCCCGCUUAGUUAAGGCACCAUUUUCUGCUAGUAGCGAGGUUCUCAACGGUCGCCCCGAACCUGUGCCCAGAGAACUGCUGAGAACGUUUUCCGGUGAUACUAUCAACAAGGAGGGAAAUGGGGAUUCAGAAUCACUAUUGCAUUACAAACAGCUAAUAGACCGCAUUAAGGCUCUCGAACAAGAGAACGCAUUGUUGAAGAGCUGGAUUGAUCCGGAUUCGAUCCAUGAAGGACGACCCUUUUGCCAAGUUGUUCAUCGAAUCAAAUGGGACGAUAAGAUCUUCUUCAAGCCACCCAUGUGGAUUCGAGAGCAUGACAAUCGUUAUUAUCUGCGAGGAAGCUCUCUCUCAAUGAAGGGAGCCCAUUUCCUGCAGCAGAGCAGCAAUCUCGCCUUUGUUGUCUAUAAAACUUAUGCUCCCGAGGCAGUGGAUGGCCCCGUGAAAGUAACAGGCAAAGAACCGGAACUUCCACCUCUUCCCAAGCCUGAAGCUGAAACGGUCCUCUUCGCCUCAAAGGAGAUGAGACUUGCCGUCCAGGCUUACUUGGACAGACAAUCGAAUUUCAAAAAUCUUUUCCCUUCUUUUGAUAUUGCAACAGAAAUCCCCUCGCCUUACCUCUUCUGGUAUUGCUUUCGAUUAUCGUAUGACUCGGUCCUACAAACGCUUCCAUCUCCUCAAAGAUCUCUCAUGAAGCUGUUCGCGGAUUGGGUGAGCAUACAUUACGGAGCGGAAUAUGAACACACGGAUAGCCAGAUUGCACGGGGAGUCACUUCUUGCCAGUCGAUGAAAUACCUUGUCAGACCAGGCGACCCGCUCGUUUUCCAGGGGAAUCAGGGGAGAGGCCUACCCCAAGCAUACCAGGCUACAUCUUGGGUGAGUAUAAAGCCCACAUAUAGGGGCUACCAUGCCAAAACGGAAGGGGAAUUUGACAAGACCUGGGAAGUGUCAGCCUGGUCAUAUGAGUUCGAUGGGGUCUUCCAUCAGAAGCCCGUCACUCUCGAGAUAAAACUUGAUGUCAAAGAUCCCAACGAGGAGGUAGCAUUAAGCUCACUGGAGGUGACACCCCUGGAUUACACCAGUCCUGAGAUGCGAGAGAAGCUUGAGCGUCGGGGAAAGACAUAUUGGGCAUGUCGCAAAAAGAAGUUCAUCUCUUAUAGUGGAGAGGAUGACAUCGAUUCGCUCAAUAACAAUAGCGAAAGGUUCAUGAUCGACUUUCCGACCUAUAGGCAACUCCAUCCUCCUGAGUCAAAGCCGUCAUCCACAACAAAUCGCACAGAGAUCCCCCGUGAGCGAAUGGACGACGAUGAACCACCCACAACGCCCGAGAUAUUCUUCUUCCCGUCACGCAUUGUGGGAUUCAACCUCCGCCGCAAGAAAUGGGUCAAUCUAGAAGUCGACCUCAUUAAGGAAGUUGAAUGGAACAAAAAGGCCUUUGAAAACCUCGUCAUCGAUGAGAAAACCAAAGAGCUCGUUCAAGCCUUGAUAACAAAUCGCCUAGAAGCCGAACAGGGAACAGACAUGAUCGACGACAAGGGAAACGGGCUGACAAUCCUCUUACAUGGCGGACCGGGUACUGGCAAGACAUUCACUGCUGAAAGCGUCGCUGAAUUAGCUGAAAAGCCACUAUACCGUGUAACCUGCGGCGACAUCGGUACACAGCCCGAGAACGUCGAACACUACCUCGAAUCCGCCCUCCACCUGGGUAAAAUCUGGGACUGCAUUGUCCUGCUCGACGAGGCUGAUGUGUUCCUACAAGAGCGCACCCUAUCAGACCUCCAGCGCAACGCGCUCGUAACAGUUUUCCUCCGCGUACUCGAAUACUACGACGGUAUCUUAAUUCUAACCUCCAACCGCGUCGGAACCUUCGAUGAAGCGUUCAAGUCCCGAAUCCAAGUCUCACUGCACUACCCCAACCUCAACCGCUCGCAGCGGUUCAAGAUCUGGCGUAAUCUGUUUAACCGGCUCAAGCGGCUGGAGCAGCCGUACAUCGACUUUGACGAUGUCGAGUGCUAUAUUAGCGAGUUGGCGGAUCAGGAGAUGAACGGCCGGGAGAUUCGAAAUGCUAUCACGACAAGUCGGCAGUUGGCUAAGUUCAAGGGGAAGAGUAUGUCGCAUGCGGACUUGCAGCAUGUACUGGAUGUUUCGGGGAGGUUUGAUAAGUAUCUUUGUAGUUUGAAGGAGGGGUUUACGGAUGAUGAUAUUGCUAGGGACUCUGGACUUCGAUGA